AUGAGACUUAUUCACACAGAGAAGCGUGAAGUCCACGAUUUCCUGGAUGCUCUUAGCAUCCCACGAUAUGUGGCUCUUUCAUACUCCUGGGCAGCGGACGAAGUUGGACGCGGGGAUCUGAGAGACACCAGUCUGGCUUCCGAGAAGUUAAGCCUCCAGAAACUCAAGGAAUUCUGUCGAGAAGCUGGUAAUCUCAGCUUCGAAUGGCUUUGGGUUGAUACUGUAUGUGUGGAUCGUUCCUCGACUGCAGAGCUCUCUGAAGCUAUAAACUCGAUGUUCAAGUGGUUUCGACAAAGCGGUGCUUGCAUUGUCUAUCUCAGCGACGUUGACUAUGUUGGCAAUGUGCAAGAGCAAGAGAAGAAUAUUCGACAGAGCCGGUGGAUGCGAAGAUCUUGGACUCUUCAGGAACUCAUCGCCCCCAAGAACAUGUAUUUUUAUGCCGCAAACUGGAUGAUGAUAGGCACGAAAGAGUCUCUUUUACCUCUUCUCUCCGAAGUCACUCAGGUUGACAAAGCUGUCUUGGAGAAUGCAGACCAUCUCUCGGAUUACUCCAUCGGAAGGAUAAUGUCCUGGGCUGCGAAUCGCGAGGCUCGACGAGUUGAGGAUAUCGCAUAUUCACUACUUGGCCUAUUUGGAGUGAGUAUGCCCGUCAUAUACGGCGAAGGGCAUACGGCGUUUACACGACUACAAGAAAAGAUCUUCCAGAGAACAGACGACGCUACUUUGUUUGCCUGGCAGUCAUCCAACAGCAAUCAUAUGUACCGUGGCCUAUUUGCACAAUCUCCUUUUGAAUUCGCUCAUUUU